UUCCCCUACAUCACUUCCGUUCAUCUGCUGAUCGAGUCAGAAAGACAGUGAAAAUGGCGGCUUUCGGACGAAUUUCUCAAACGCUCCUGCGGUCCUCAUUGAUCCAGACUCGUCAACUCUCUGCCACAGCGGCCCAUGGUCAUGCAGAGCAAACAGCCAGAACAUGGAAGAUCCUCUCCUUUGUGGUUGCUCUUCCGGGAGUUGCAGUGUGCAUGUUGAACAUGUACCUGAAAAUGCAGCACCAUGCUGCGCACCAUGUGGAGCCAGAGUUUGUCCCUUACAGCCAUCUUCGCAUUCGCAGCAAGCGUUUCCCUUGGGGAGAUGGCAACAAGAGCCUGUUCCACAACCCUGAAGUGAAUGCCCUCCCUGAUGGCUAUGAGGGACGUGACGAGUGAUCUCUCCCUCAGACCACCUCACACACUGGGACCAGUCUCUUUCUUCAAUUCAUUACUGUUACUGGACCACACUCUCCAAACUGUUUACUCUUCUCUAUUCU